AUGUCAAUGAUGUGGUGGAAUGUCAUUGAUGAUAAUUAUCCUCAUUUACAAAUAGUUGCUAAAAUGAUUUUUUCAAUUACUUCUUCUCAAGCUUCUUGUGAACAAAAUUUUUCCAUUCUCAAAUGGUUUUGCAAAGAUAACAGAACUCGUUUAAAUACCUUAAAAUUAGAAGCAAUGGCAAAAAUUCAUUCUUG